GAGAGCACGAGUGAGCGAAAGUGUUUGGGACCGAAUAGACGCGCAUGCGAAACGAGCCGCUGUUACAAAAUGUAAUGUGGGGGUUUCUAUUUCUAGAUCGUUUGUACUCGCAAAACUACAUGAUUUAUCGCAGGUUUUUAGACAUCUGCUUUACAGAUUGGUUCAUCAACACAGCAUGGACAGAAGUCAAAUUAAUUUAACCGUUUACAGUUUUUCAACGAGACAGUCUGUUAAGGUUUUAUAUUAUUACUUCUUAAGGUAAAUGAUUUGCUAUUUUAUGGAUAUUUUGGUCACCGGAAAUGAAUGAUGGGUUGUCGGGGAAUCAAACAUCUGGACGAUGGAUGCAUCUAAACUCAGCAUAUGAAGAUGUAAAUAAUGCAUCAUUCAUUUCAUCUAAGCUACGGACUGAAAUCAAGGAUCUGCCUCCAUACUAAGAUGUGUGCUAGUGACCUGUCAUAUUGCCUGAGCUUCCGCUCUUUACAAUGUAACUGCAAAAAGAAGGCUUUAUUUUCCCAUUAGCCACCUGUGCUCCUCACACCUAAGAAACUGAAAGAAACCUCGUCAGCAGAUAUAAGAGGAGAAUGGAGAAUUCAUCAGCAAAAGAAAACAACUCUGUAGAGUUCAGGACUCCAUCAGAAUUCGUAACACCUACAUCUGUGUAUCAGGAUCCCGUUCAGGGCCUUAACCUGCCCCUUCAGGUUUUCUUCUGUUUGGCUAUCAUCUGUGUGCUACUACUUGCCUUCCUUGGAAACAUGGUCGUCUGUUUGAUGGUUUACCAGAAAGCUGCUAUGCGUUCUGCUAUUAACAUCUUGCUGGCCAGCCUUGCGUUUGCUGAUAUGAUGUUAGCAGUCCUCAACAUGCCUUUUGCUCUAGUCACCAUGGUGACUACGCGCUGGAUCUUCGGAGAGGUGUUGUGUCAUGUUUUGGCUAUGUUUUUCUGGAUGUUUCUGUUGGAGGGUGUUGCUAUUUUGCUUAUCAUCAGUGUGGACCGUUUCCUAAUUAUUGUGCAAAAGCAGGAUAAAUUAAGUCCACGCAGAGCCAAAGUGUUAAUUGCAGUCUCAUGGUCUACAUCUUUCUGCCUCUCCUUCCCUCUUGCCAUUGGACAACCUGCCUUAUUCACCCCGCCCAGAGCACCACAAUGUGUUUUUGGAUAUACAGUUGAGCGUGGGUACCAUGCGUAUGUGAUGCUAAUUAUGCUGGUAUUCUUCUUUGUACCAUUUCUGGUAAUGCUGUACACGUUCAUGGGGAUCCUGAAUACACUCCGCCACAAUGCCCUGCGCAUCCACUCCCAUCCUGACUCCGUGUGCUUGAGCCAGGCCAGCAAGCUGGGUCUAAUGAGUCUACAGAGGCCAUUUCAGAUGAAUGUUGACAUGAGUUUUAAAACGCGUGCCUUUACCACAAUCCUUAUUCUUUUCUCAGUCUUCACUGCUUGCUGGGCUCCAUUUGCCACCUAUAGCCUGCUGUCCACCUUCAGUCGUACUUUUUACAACAGGCAGAACUUCUUUGAGAUCAGUACGUGGUUACUGUGGAUCUGCUACCUCAAAUCAGCUCUGAAUCCUUUGAUUUACUACUGGCGAAUCAAGAAAUUUCGUGAUGCAUGCCUUGAUCUAGUGCCCAAGUACUUGAAGUUCCUACCCGAGCUGCCUGGUCACACUAAGCGACGCAUCCGCCCCAGUGCUGUUUAUGUGUGUGGUGAGCAUCACUCUGUGAUAUAGCUGGGGAUGUUUUAGCAUUUUUCUGUUGUGCUUUUUUAUUAACUCAGUCUUGACAAGCUGUGAUAUGUUUGCCCUUAAAACUGCAGGAUUUUUAAUGGUAAAAAAAUUGUACUGAUGUUAGUUUACAGAGCCUGUACAUGAAACUACUUUAAUUGCACAAUGUUUUUAUAUUUUAGAACUUUGUUCUGUAUUUACCAGCCAGGUGCUGCUAUAUUUGGUGAAAAUGUUUUUUCCUUCUCUUUAAUACCAUGAAUGUACUACACAAAAUGAAGAUGCUUAAACUUAAACUAUGGCGAUGCUGUAGAAGAACCAUUUUUGGUUCAACAAAGAACCUUUCAGUCAAAUUUCUUUUAAAGAACAACUUCUUUCAUACCUUUUAUAAUGUAAAGAACUUUAUUUUACUACAAAGAACCUUUUGUGAAACAGAAAGGUUCUUCAGAUGUUAAGGGUUCUUUAUUGAACCAUUCAUUCAAAAAUGGUUCUUCUAUUGCAUCAUGAAGCACCUUUAUUUUUAAGAGUUUAAUAUGUUGUUCUAUAGUUUUUUCUGGAUUUGUGAUGUGCUUGUUUUGUACACGUGCAUUUCUUUUUAAUUAAGUUAUUUAAAUGUCAAUAAUAAACAACACUAUUUUCUGUAUGAUUACUGUAUGUUUAGUGUUAAAAAGAAAAAGCAUUUGACAAUUAAAGCUGACAAUAUUCCAAUCUGAUCGACUGUAUGGAAAGUUUUUGAUAAUCUUGUAAAGUAAAUCCAGGGUUGCUGUCAUGGAUAACCUGGAAAUUUUAAGGAAUUUUAAAUUGUGAUUUCCAAUUCAUGAAAUGUAAAUUGAUAGUCAGAACUUAAAAGACAUUUUCCUAUUUGGUUUUAUCUAAAUAAAUUGCUUAGAGGCAGAGAGAGGGAAUGAUUCGAAAAUAUUUCAAAGACCAUCUUGUAAACUUCAAUGGAAACAAUGCAGUGCUAUGUUUUCAGUCUUUCCAAGUGUGCAUUUUAAUUUCCAAUAUGAAAAAUUCCUUGUCUGUGAAAUCCAGGCUAGUCUCCCAAUCAAAUUAUUAGCAUCAUUUGUCAAAAAUGGUUGUUCCUAUUCGUGUAAGAGGUGUGUUUUGUGCGUACAUGUAAUAAAACAAUGAGAGUCUCAUCCCCUUUAACUCUUUCCCCACCAUUGACGAGUUUUCUAGUCAAUUAAGAUAAAAACAUUUCCCUGCCAAUGAUGCUUCCUUGAUGAGUUUUAACGGUAAUCUUGAAUUAUUAUGUGUUAGGUGGUGCUCUAACUCAAUUUAUAAAAACUGAAGCAUCAGCUAAUUCUACAACAUUGUGAACUCUGUGUAUGUUUUGAUCAUCUUUCUGAUUCUAAUCGCUAACAAAAGUUCUUUACAAAAAAUGCAUUUUAAAUGGUAACAUUUAAAAAAUAAAUUGCACUUUACCACAGGUAAAGCAGCUUGUCAAGCCUUUAAUGUCUUCUAAUAUGUCCUCAUUUAUGUCCAAGAGACACAAUAAUAAUAUUUCACAUUUUAAUCCUUUAAUUUUUCAUGUUUAAAAAUGUGUAUAUGUGUGUGUAUUAAGCAAAGUGUGCGCGCGUUGUCGUCUGGUUUAUAGGUGCAUAUUACUAACGCGCUCUUUAAAUAACAAAAACAAUAUUGCGCAAUUGACUUUAGACUUUAGACCAGAUUUUAGUUGGUCAAUGGCGUAGUCUAUUUUAGUAAACGUAGUGACGUCACCCAUUUGUUUGUGAUGAGCAUUUUUGAAGCUUAAAGUAGGCAUUGCCUGCCGUCCCCAUCUUGGCCACGUGUCACCGCGCAUCACUUGCGGAUUACCAAAAAUGGGUUAAGAGGUGGGGCAUGGGUGAAGCUGACAUGGCUGGUUGCUGAAACCACGCUCGCCUAGUUCGACUCAAGUGACAACAGUGGCUGUUCAACCGUCACAUAAUUAUGCAGAAGUUUAAGGCUUAAUAUAAUUUAAACGGAUGAGUUACAAAAAAAUCACCCCCUUACAGUUGUCUUGAAGGGCAAAAUGAGCUAUAUAGACCAAAAAUACGUUUUGUACCAGGCUGGAAACAUAUUAUUUUCUACUGUAAAGUUGGGCAUUUUAACAUGGAGGUCUAUGGGAAUUGACUCCUUAUUGGCUUCAUCAGAGAGAUUGGAAGGUUGCCCCUCGACCUAAACACAUCUCGUUUUUGACUGGAACGCACCUGCGCGCACACAUGGGUGCAAAUGCAUUUGCUAUUUAAAGGCGGAGUCCAUGAUGUUUGAAAGCCAAUGUUGAUAUUUGAAAUCACCUAAACAAACACGCCCCUACCCCAAUAGAAUCUGGACCUUCUGUUGAUAGACCCGCCCCACACAUACGCAACUCGGGAUUUGAUUUGAUUUGAUUGGCUAUAAGUGUGUUUUGGUAGUCGGCCCGUCUCCUUUUCCAACGUGUUUUUCAAACAUCGUGGACUCCGCCUUUAAACUAUGUGACACUGGAUGUGAAAAUGACAACUGCAUUGGGCUAAAACUAGUAAAAAACACUUUUGUGCCGCACUGCGUCGGGUGUAUGAUAGGGCCCAUUAAUUUCACAUUGAUUUCAAUCAUUGACAUGACCUUAUUCAGUAAAUAUUAAAGAUAUCAAUAUUAUCUAUAUAUAUCAUCAUAUAUUUUCACAUUUAUACAUUAUGUAGGAUUAUUUUAUGUAGAAAACCGUUUAUCACAAAAAUUACUAGCUGGGGUUUCACAGGAAGGAUCAAACAUGUGAAAAUAUAAUUAUCUGUUUGACAUGAAAAAAAUCCUACAGUUCAGUAAGGGAGAAGAUAUUUCUGAUGGUGUCAUUUUUCUUCAAAGCUCAUGCAGUCUGUGUGUGUCUUUUGAAGGGUUAUAGGUUCAUUUAGCUGAGAAAAAUUAUCAUGGACAAUAUAAAUCAUGUUUCAGAUUCAGAAGGCAAUGCCCCUCAUGGGGUUCAUUAUUGCCCCAGUCACCACUAAUGAGGAUGUUGUGGGCUUUUGAAGCUCAUCAUAACCAAUGUGUGGAACUCUAUUACUCGGCAACAGUACAUAUUGCUUAGCAACCAGAAGUUGGUACUCUCUCUACUGGGUCUUGACAAAAGAAUUUGUUUUUCUUUAAAAAAAUUAUCUUAAAUUAGCAUCACUUAGCACACAUAUGUUAUCUCAGACAAUUGUGUUUAGAAACCUUAGUCCGUCACACUGUUUUUACACAUACUGUACUCAUGUCACUUUAGUAACUACAAUAACUAUUUUGCUUAUUUUCCAAAAUAAAUAAAACUGUGCUACAGUGGUAGUGGUGUCAGGGUGUGAUGGGUUACAUUCCCAGGGUCACAGUGAAUCAAAUGUUUAAUGUACUGUGAAUUGCUUUAGUCUGCAUUUAUGUGCAUAAACAUUCAUGAGCGAUAGAGUGAUUGCAUUUUUGCAUGCUUGUGUAUGUUGUGUUACAGU